GGGUGGGAGAAUCCACCUUCCCAUGCUUUACAACCCAAGGAUUUCACGGCGUCCACUCGUCUCUCUGAACGAACGCAGAGUAGCAGGCGCCUCCCAUAAAAAUGUAUGAGCUGGGUGGAUGAGAUCAGCAUUGAAAGGUUUUAAUUAACGGCCGGCUUGGAUAUUUAUUGAGGAGGAAAUUGCCACUCCCAGCCAGGCGCUUGCUACUGAGGGCUGCUAAAUCGGGACGGGGAAACGGUUAGAAAUCUCUUUCAUCUGUUCAUUGGAUACCCAAAAGUUCUAGUGUUGUGAGAGAGGAAGGAAAACCUCUCUGUGCCCACUUUCUCCAUGCCAGGCUUAAUUUCAUAAACUUCUUUCAUGUCACCUUUUAACAAGACUUGGGGAACGACCAGCAACACUCCUGCAGGUGAUUUCGGUGAGCGAGCUGGGAUAGAAGGGUUCGGGGUAUCCUUAGGGUACCCUGGACCUAAAUUAAUAAAUUAAUACAGUGGAACCUUGGUUCUCGAACGCCUUGGUACUCUAACAUUUUGGCUCCCGAACACCGAAAACCUGGAAGUAAGUGUUCCGGUUUUCAAACGUUUUUCGGAAGCCGAAUGUCCGGUGCUGUUGUUGGCUAUUGUUGCCAGGGCGCCGGUGCCAAUCAGAAGCUUCGCCUUGGUUUUUGAAUGUUUUGGAAGUCGAACGGACUACAGGAAUGGAACCAAGGUACCACUGUACAAGGAGCUCAAACCUGCCUCCGUAGUAGAUGGGCAGCCAGUAUAGAGAGUAUUAAGAAUGGUGUCCUGUGUUCUUGAGCAGAUGCUCUCAUCAGCAAUCUGGCACCUAUAUUCUACACCAGCUGGAGCUUCCAAACCGGGCCCAAGGGCAGCCCAACAUAUAAAGCACUGCAGUAAUCCAGCCUGAAGUUUAAUAGCACAUGGGCUUUAAUAUUUUGUUGGGAGCCACCUAGAGUGGUUGGGGCAACCCAGUCAGAUGGGUGGCUAAUAAUAAUAAUAAUAAUAAUAAUAAUAAUAAUAAUAAUAAUAGGCUGCAGUGGUCAGGGUGUUGCCAUGUCAUUAAAGUGAAGUCUCAUCUCGACCUCAGAACCCUGGAUUUUGGUCCUGUUUUUCUUUUCUUCCCCCUCUGUUCCAGAUAUCUUUUGAGCAGAGCCAGCAAAGCUAAGUUCACAAAAGCCUCCCCCCACCCCGAAACUCUGCACACACCCUUAUCUCCAUUCUGGAAAGUAAUGACUUUGAAAAACAAACAGAGAGAAGUCUAUAUUGUAUCUUGAAAGAUAAACAGACUCUGGGGCUUAGAGAGCUGCGACAGAUUGCUGGUACCUAAUGGGAAAGCGGGAUGGAAAAAAAGAAUGGGAGAAACAUACCAGUCCGUGGUUGAGGUCAUAUAGAGGAUCUGGGGCAGUGGGUCCUUGCCAUUUUGGAUAGAAUGAGGAGUCCUCUGAAUUCUGCGCUUCUCAAGUGGCGACUCAUAUAUUCAAAUGCUCCUUACAAGAUUUAUUCUUUAAAACAUGAACACACACAAAUCAUCUCACUUCAGUCUAUAAAGUAGCAAGUCAGGGAGAGGGACACAUGAAACCUUUCUCCCUGCUGUGCUAGAUUUCUCUCUCUCUCUCUUUUUAAAAGUAUUUUUAUUGAGUUUUGCAUAGAGAGAAAAAAAGAAAAAAGAAAAAGAAAAAAGAAAAAGAGAGAUACAAAAAUUCAAAAAAGACAAUGUAUAUCACCUCUUACUUCUUCAAACCUCUUCCCUUCCCCUUCUUACAAUCCUUAUUAAUAAUUAACUCCUACUAUUUCCAAAUCUUAUCUAGACAUCAUAAAAUUACGUCUUAAAUCCCAUUUCAUAACCUUAUCCUUAAAUAAUUCUUAUUCAUUGUAUAUAGAAGAGUGAAGGAAAGAUAAAAAGAAAAAAUCCAGAAUAAAGAUAAAAAGACAUACAACAUUAUCAUAUUUUCCCAUUUCUAAUCCAACUAUUUCGGACUUCCUCAUUACCCCUUCUUGAGUUCCUUAUCAAUCACUAAUUAUUGCAGUUUUCAAAUCUAAGAUUACCUUCUUUUUUCCAAUUUAUAGCUUCUUUUUAACCAUUUACCCAUCAUACUUCUCUUUACCUUUAUUACCCAAUAUUAUCUAGCCUUUUACCCAAAAAUAUUCAUAAUUAAUUUUCCAAUUCUUCUUCCCCCUUUUUCUUCCCACCCUGCUGUGCUAGAUUUCUCCAUGCAGGGAACAUUAAAUAUGCGCCUUCUCCAGUUUCAACCUAAAGCUGUGCGGUCCAGAAUUCUGUGGUCUGGUCUACCACUUUGUUUUGCAUCAAGGGUAGAUUGGCUCUGAAUUUUAAGCCAUUGUGGUGUUAAAAACAUCACAGUCAACCAGAAGGCCUUGGAUCAAGAGACCUGUGCUAGGCUUGAUAUGAAAACCCUCAAAUUCAGUGAGCAUUAUUUUGCCUCAGAAUUUGGUGAUAGCAAAUCUGGAUUUGUCUUAAGCAUCUCUUCGACUGCUCACCAAGCACACAGUUUUAGAUUUCUGUCUAGGAAACAGGUUAUAUUUUUGGCAGUCUUCUCAGCCAUCUGAAUGCCAAACCCUUCCAAAUAUUGUUGUGAGUGGGUGGGGGUCAGUUUGGAUGAUGCCCCGAGUCCCUCCUGAUUCUUCGGAUCCUGUAUCUUUGGGGGGUAGAAGGUAUAUCCUGAAGACACCACAGUCUCAGUAGACCUUCAUCCCAAGGAAACUGAACCCCGGAUAAAUGCAGGAAUCCUUGGGAGUCUCUUGCCACUCAGAGUUUGGGCUGACGUGCAACAAUAUCUUUCCGAAUGAGAAUGGAGUCUUUGAUGGAGCCAGGGAGGGACAACUAUAGCAUUCCAGGUAGAAAAUGAGCAGUAGGAUGGCCUGAUGGGAGGAAGUUAACAGGAAUGGACGUCCCCAGCUGUCUAUUUGGUGAACAUCACACGAGGCCGUUGCAGUCAUGUUGGCCUCCUGCUUCUACCACAUCUUGUGCAAUUUUGUUUUGUUGUUUUGUUGCUUGGGACAUGACUGUGUCUUUCCCACUCCUGGGGAACAUGUCAUCUAUUUGAACCUGGAGGAAAACGGCUGUACCGUAGGUUUUUCUCAAGGCGUUAGGGUGAAAUGGAGAAUAGAGUCAACAGGUGUUUGAAGUCCAAAUGGACUGCAACUCAUAAGGACAUUAAGCAUGGGCCAUCUAGUCCAGCAUCCUGUUCUCACAGUGGCCCACUAGAUGCCCUUUAUGGGCCAUUGGCCUGAUCCAUCAUCAGGAUUCGAUCUCAAGAGCAUAACCAAAUGCGGUUAUUAGCCACCCAUAGCCCUCUCCUUCUCCAUUAAUUCGUCCAGUCCUCUUUUAAAGCCAUUCAAGUCGGUGGCUAUCACUGCUUCCUUGUGGAAGCAACUUCCAUAGUUUAUGCACUGCAUAAAAAAAGUACUUUCUUUUUCUCUGUCUUGAAUCUCCCAACGUUCAUUGGAUGUUCACAAAUUCUCUCUCGAGAGAGGAAGAAAACGGGUUUCUUUUCCUAUCAGACCAGAAGCAGUGAAAGCAAGGCAGAUCUUCAUUUUUCUGUUGCAACAGAGUUCCCUCCCCUCCUAGCAAGGAGGCAAGAGAGACCCAGAACCAAGAAGAAACAUCUCUUUUAAAGGGUUUACAUUUUGGCAUGGAGAAGGAGGACACCCCCUCUACAAACUGUCAGAAACUGCAUCACACAUAAGGUGGGGUUCCAAAUUCAUAGUUCCAGACACAGUUUACACAAAACAUUAGCAUUUGAUAAGAUAAUCAGGAUACCCGUCAGACAUCGCUCAAUGCGGAGCAUCUGGGCAAACAAUGACAAUUAAUACAAAGGAGGUUCAUAGAUAUAGGAGAGGAAUCCCUUCAGGAACGUCCCCUGAUUGCCAUCUGCCUCUGUUUUCUCGGGCAAGGGGGAUUAAGGAGGCAGAGAGGAAAUAUUGAGAGUCUUGAGAAGAGCCAAUAUGGCUUUGGGAUUCCUCUCCUGUACUGUUUUAGACAUAUGGUCUAUAAACUUGUGUAUGUGUGUUUACGGUUAUCAACAUUUAUUCUAUAUUUGAAUUCCUAUAACGCUUUUGUACUUUUUGCCACUUCUCUCUUUUCGUCCAUGUAAGGAUUUCAUCCCUUCUGGCUUUGGGCGUGGGGAAUUCAGACUUCAGGCCUACUUCAUCUUUCCAAGGAUGAGAUAGAAUCAUAAAAUCAUACCGUAGAAUCAUAGAGUUGGAAGAGACCACAAGGGCCAUCCAGUCCAACCCCCUGCCGAGCAGGAAACACCAUCAAAGUAUUCUUGACAUAUGCCUGUCAAGCCUCUGCUUAAAGACCUCCAAAGAAGGAGACUCCACCACACUCCUUGGUAGCAAAUUCCACUGCCCAACAGCUCUUACUGUCAGGAAGUUCUUCCUAAUGUUUAGGGGGAAUCUUCUUUCUUGUAGUUUGAAUCCAUUGCUCCGUGUCCACUUCUCUGGAGCAGCAGAAAACAACCUUUCUCCCUCCUCUAUAUGACAUCCUUUUAUAUAUUUGAACAUGGCUAUCAUAUCACCCCUUAACCUUCUGUUCUCCAGGCUAAACAUACCCAGCUCCCUAAGCCGUUCCUCAUAAGGCAUUGUUUCCAGGCCUUUGACCUCCUCUGGACACGUUGCAGCUUGUCAGUAUCCUUCUUAAUGUAGCCAACAAAAUGGGCCCUGGCUGAUGCCAUAAUAAAUGUCUUUAAGCUGCUUCCAUAUCUUGAAAGGUGGUUGCCUUUGGAUAGAUAUUUGCCUUAAAAGACCAUUCACUUUCUUCUGACUAAUGGAUUCUGCCCCACCCCCCAACCCCGUAAUUGAGCUAAAUUAUAGGCCUGCAGUCAAAUUCAGCAUUUCCUGUUUCUUUGAAGCUCACCUAUGAAAGUUGGCCUUCUUGACCUCCGCAGCCCAUGUAUAUGAGAGACUAUUAAUGGAGAAGGCUAGCUUGCGGUGGCUCUGCUCUGUCUCCACAGUCGGAGGCAGGAAUGCUUCUGAAAAUACCAGUUGCUGGAAGCCACAGGAGGGGAGAGUGUCGCUCUUGGGCUCGGAUCCUGCUUGCAAGUUUCUCAUCUUGUUGGCUGCUGCGAGAACAGGAUGUUGGGCUAGGUGGUUUUGAUCGUUUUGGUGGCCCUUUCCUGAACUUUCUCCAGCACCCUUUCUGAGGUGAGGCAACCAGAGAACACAGUGUUCCCAACUAGGCAGCCACACCAGAAAUCUGUAUAAUGUUAUGGAUUCUUCCACGAGGGCCAAAAGAAAUACAAAGGCUCAUUCAGUACGGAAGGUGAUGUAACUGCUGGAGACGUGCUAUCUCCAUGCCUUAAUGUCUAAGUACGAAGCGUUUGACGGCAGAAAGUCUGAAAGCAGCUGGCUGCGAGGAGGAGAGGGUGCUGGCUGCAUCGAGUUCCGUCCAGGAAGGAACAGAGCCAUCUCUGACUUUGGGAAAGGAACCACACCGUUGGCCGCUGGGCUUUAUGAGCAGUGUCAGGAAUUCAGGCCAGCCAGUGGGAGUGUAAGACCUCCAGAGAGAUGUUCUUUCCACAUCUGCUUGCGAUUGCCGUUAAUUACCGGUACAUGCCCGGACUGCCUCGCAGCCAAACUCCAAUGACAAAGUCUCUUUGCGUGCUUAAUCUGGCUUGUUGCUUUCGAGUUCUGAUGUUGGUACCUUUCUGCUUCCACCCCACCAGGGCCAUAGCACUGUCCGCCAGUGCCUGGGGUGCGGGGUGGCUCACAUGGAGUGGGUGGAGCAUGGAGGUUGAAGAGCAUCCUCUACACUCCCCAGCCCUCGCCACCAACGGGCAGGUGCUCACACACUGGAUCUCUGUGGGGGGCACCUGGUUCAUGCCCCCUUAUGUGCACCCGGGGCAAUGGGCCCCCUGGCACCCCCAACACUAUGUCACUGCACGCCAUCCCUCCCCACUCUGGAAAGUGGCCGGAUUGCAGAUGCAGAAGGGACAGGUUGAGACAGGCUUGUGCUUUAACUAGUUAAGGAAAAGGUCCUCCAUCUAGCUUGGGAAGGAUGGGGGGAACGCCAGCCCCACCAUCAGAAAGGGACGUGAUGGAAGAGCUGCAAAUUGCCAGUUGUUUGAUUUAUUAUUAGUGGAUUUUUACUGCCAGGUGCCAAGGUAAGUUGGCCAGCCUUGGAUAUAAGGAAGUUUGACUUUGGGAGGGAGAUGCCCGUGUGUUGAUCCAGUUAGAUUGCGGAACUAAGUAAAAGGUUAAGGUAAAGGACCCCUGGAUGGUUAAGUCCAGUCAAAGGCAACUAUGGGGUCUGGCGCUCAUCUCUCUUUCAUGCCAAGGAAGCAGGUGUUUGUCCACAGACAGCUUUCUGAGUCAUGUGGCCAGCAGGACUAAACCGCCUCUGGCGCAGCAAAACACCAUGACGAGUGCCAGAGCGCACGGAAACCCCGUUUACUUUCCUGCCACAGCGGUACCCAUUUAUCUGCUUGCACAGGCGUGCUUUCAAACUGCUAGAUCGGCAGGAGCUGGGACAGAGCAAUGGGAGCUCACCCCGUCAUGGGGAUUCGAACCGCCGACCUUGCGAUUGGCAAGCCCAAGAGUCUCAGUGGUUUAGACCACAGCGCCACCCACUGAACUAAGUAGGACCAGGGGGGGCAGUGCCCAAAUCUCCCUGCUCAGCCAUGAAGUUCACUGGGUGACUUGGGCCAGCAUUUCCCGGCUUGCAGGGGGUAGGACAAGAUGGUCCUCAGGGCCCCUUCCAACCCCACAAUUCUAUGAUUCUAUGUGUGAAUGUUAAAGGAUAGCUUUAGUUCCCCUUCUUGUGUUGUUUAAGGACGUGUGAAUUAGCUAUGCAUUAAAAUGCAGCCCAACCCUACUACAAAUCAUGGGGGAUUGCAAAUCAUGGGGUAGAUUACAGAAUAAGAAGUAGGGGUGGAGGAGAAAAUCGGUCCAUUUGUGCAAUGGAUGCUCUCUGCCUUACCAUUCACAGGCAACCAAGUGUUUUGUCUUUUCCAUUGGCACUGAAAUGUCGGAGACAAGAAGGCCCCCUUUGGCACACAGACUGAAAAUGCUGCUUCAAUAGCCUGUUUUAUGCUGCUCCACUGUAAAACAAGAAAACUUUCCCUUACGAAAACCUUGUUGGAGUUAUUCCCUGGCCCUGUGACAUGGGUAUUCUCGCUGCCUGCUUGUUUCUCGCUGCUGCUAACAUGGUGUCUGGCCCUGAUGGUGGGCAGCAGCUGACUCAGGAAGUUGGAGGCUUCUAAUUUGGGACGCACUGUCUGGUGGUUCAGCAAAUAUGCUGAGGCAGCCUUAUGGGUGAGAGAAGAACUCUGGCAAACUGUGACAAGUCAGAGGAAUGACAACCAGACAGCCAGCCUGCCUUGCCAUGUAGGCACAGGGGGUGUAGUGGUUAAGAGCGGUAGACUCGUAAUCUGGGGAACCGGGUUCACAUCUCUGCUCCUCCACAUGCAGCUGCUGGGUGACCUUGGGCUAGUCACACUUCUUUGAAGUCUCUCAGCCCCACUCACCUCACAGAGGGUUUGUUGUGGGGGAGGAAGGGAAAGGAGAAUGUUAGCCGCUUUGAGACUCCUUCGGGAUAUCAAAUCCAAACUCCUCCUCCUCCUCCUCCUCCUCCUCCUCCUCCUCCAGCUUUGCCCUGACAUUGCCAGCAACUGCAAAAUUGCAGGAUGGGGGAGAUGAUGGGACCAUAAACCAUGGGAACCUCUUCUUUCUUCACAGCUUCCCUUCUGGACACUGUCUAAUGCAGACAUGUUUAUACAUUUCCAUGGAAAAACUCCAAAUAACUUCCAGUUAUAUUCACAACCACUGAUAACAAGAGUGAGAGAGCUGGUUGUGUGUAGCUUGAAUAUUACAAUCUGGUGGAAGGAAGUCCAGGAAUGUAGGGCUUGGAAUCUUCAUUGGAUAUAUGCAGUCUUAUAUCUUACAGUUUUAUAUGCAGUAAAACCAGUAUAUCUUCUCUGUAACUCUUCAGGCCCGGCUCUACGUAGACCCCCAGUGGGGCAGGGCACCAUGGCGCCGGCCCGCCAGGAGGGCGCCGCGAGCUGCGCCCGCCCGCUGGCCGGCCGGUCCGCUGCGCAGCUGCGCGCGGCGCCCACCUGCCCACCGCGCUGGGAAACGGGGCGGAAGGGCGCCGGAGAGAUCCGGCGCACCAUGGCGACAGGGGCGCUUAAGACGGCGCUAUAACUCUUACUUCCUUUCGCAAAAUUAUUUUGAGGCAUGUAUUUUUAGGACUCGCUCUAUUUUGUACGGCUGCAAGUUGUUUUAAUUGGUUUCUAAUAUUGUGUUUUAAUUCUGUAACCCACCCUGGGAUCUUAGGGUGGAGAUCGGGCAAUAAAUAAAUAGAAGCCCCCUAGUUCUGGCCUUUGAAAACAUCAAGCAAUUUCCUAAUUACUGGUGUUCUGUUGCCACCAUAAAGACACCAUUAUCUCUUGAUAGCUUGGCCAAAUAUGAGACGUGCUUGGAACAGCAAAACCUUAUUACUCGAGUAAAAGCUGGAUACAGCAGCUUCUUGUGUUAUUUGUUUCUAAUACCUGUGUUUGAAUACUUUGUAUUUCAACAUAUAAUUAAAACACUAUUCCUAAUGCAAACCUUAAUGCUAAUCCUAUCCCCUAAUCAUCAGGACCCACAACAACCACCCUUCUCCUCCCCCCCCCCUAAAAUCCUGCUCACUCUUUCCCUGCAACCUGCUCCAGCUGUCACACUCCACCCUUAGCCAAUCAGCACACAACGCUCCUCUUACAAAGAUCUCCCAUGAAGCAUUUUACUGUGUAUCUCUUGUCCCAUCUUGUCCUUUGCCUCGGGUAGCAAAAUGUCUUGAGCCAGCCCUUGCUGCAACUCUCCCUCUCCUUUAUCAGUUAGCCUCUCUUGUCUACAGCUGCAGUCUUUAAAUCUGUUCAAGCAUCAUGUUCACCUAUGCAGGCAACAUACAGGUGAUCAGGGCAAGCAGGGAGCAGUGGGCCUGCUUCUUCUUCUGUGUCCUCCUCCAAACUUCGCCCUCCAACCUGUGCAGUGUGGUUGGGCCUAGUGGCAUGGCUGUUAGACUUUAGAGGACUCAUCCCCACUUGCAUAGAGGCAUUACACGUCAUGGAUCUACCUGAUAAUUUUACAGACUACUACGACGAUACAAGCCGCUACCGGUACUACAAUGACGACUACUACAUCACCACUGAUGAAAGCCACCGGACAAAGGAAUCAGCCCAAGACUUUACAUUCAUCACUCGAAUCUUUGCUCUCCUAAUCUUCACGGUCACUUGCAUCCUGGGCCUCCUGGGCAACGGCUUGGUCAUUGCCGUCAUCACGCUCAAGAUGAAGAAGUCGGUCAACGCCAUCUGGUUCCUUAAUUUGGCGGUGGCCGACUUCCUCUUCAAUGUCUUCCUGCCCUUGAACAUUGCCUACACUGCCAUGGGCUACCACUGGGUCUUUGGCCAAGCAAUGUGUAAGGUCAACACCUUCCUUCUUAUUCUCAAUAUGUACACCAGUGUGUUCUUGUUGACCAUGAUCAGCAUCGAUCGCUGCAUCUCGGUGGCUUUUCCAGUCUGGUCUCAAAACCACCGGAAUCCUAAGAUUGCUUGGUUCCUGUGUGCCCUCAUCUGGGUUCUAGGCUUUCUGUUGAGUUCUCCCGCCCUUCUUUUUCGGGACACAGCAGUGCAUCAAGAUCGUGUCAUUUGUUUUAACAACUACUCUUUGUCCAGCCUUUCAACUCAACACCAUCUAGGCGAUAAGAGGCAUAAGACAGUCACCAUUCUGCGAUUCCUGGCUGGUUUCAUAGUACCAAUGACUGUCAUCACAGUGUGUUACAUUAUCAUUAUUGUCCGUCUGAAAAGAAACCGCCUCGCCAAGUCCAAAAAGCCCUUGAGAAUCAUCAUUGCCAUUAUAAUGACUUUCUUCUUCUGUUGGUGCCCAUACCAUGUGCUCAACCUCAUGGAAACCCAGCACCACUUUCUCAGCAAAGCCAUCCUUGAGAAUGGAAUACCAAUUGUCACGGCCAUUGCUGUUUCCAACAGUUGCAUGAACCCUGUUCUUUAUGUCUUCAUGGGCCAAGAUUUCAAAAAGUUUAAAGUGACUGUCCUGUCCAGGCUGGCCAAUGCGCUGAGUGAGGACACUGUCCAUUCAACUAUUGCCCGCAGGAGCUUCACAAAACCCUCUUCAAUGACAGAAAAGGAGACAAUUUUAGUCUGAGCUGUAGAAUAUACACAUCUGUUGGUCUGCUCACAGAGGCAAGGAGGAGGUUGGAUAUUUGCAGAGUGGGUUUUCCAACCACAAACUGAUAUUCCCGGCGCUUCUAAAUUUUCAGUGGUUCCAAAAAAGGGGUUAUGCAUCAUAUCAAUACAAUCCUGUCAUUCAUCCUCAUGGGAUGAAUUGCAAAGGCCAUCCCAUAAACAUUUGCACAUAGUCAUCCGUGCAAGCUUCAAGGUCAAGUCUUCAAAAUUAAACUUCGCUGCAUCAAGCUAUCCUUUAGUAAUGAAAAUGCAGGAACUAUGGAAUAAACUCUGUUGUUCAUGCUCCCUUGCUCCAAACAUUUGAAAGUGUAGGACAGAUUUUCAAUAGGCUGGAGCAGAGAGACGACUGUAGGCUUAGUUUUUUAAAUAAUAAUAAUAAUAAUCUGAUUGCAACUAUGUAUGUUGAAGACAGCACAGAAGCAAGCAGGCAGUGCUGCUUCCAAAGCAAGAUUCAUAUUCUCAAAUUCGUUUAUUAUUUUAUUUAUUUAGACCACUUGUACCCUGCUCUUCUGCCAAAUGGCUGCCCCCGAAUUCAUGCCCCGACUGGCCUCUUAGCAACUCCACCAAACCAUGUACAACUGGUGUAGCCAAAAUGACAAAAAAAGCAGCACUCGAUUAUUCUAAAUAUCUGCAGCAUAGUUCAGCUCACAGUGCAUUCGCCCCCAAAGCCAAAUUCUCACGGGAGAGCCAUUUUUCAUAUCAAAAUGGGAACAAAAUGGGAUCUGUAGCCUGGCAUGCUGCUGUUCAGAAAGCUAGUCAGCCAUGCUCUUUUCAAUUAUUUGUACCACACUCAUCUGGCUGGGUUUCCCCAGCCACUCUGGGCGGCUUCCAACAAAGAUUAAAAUUGUAUUAAAAUGUCACACAUUAAAAACUUCCCUAAACAGGGCUGCCUUCAGAUGUCUUCUAAAUAUCAGGUAGUUGUUUGACAUCUGAUGGGAGGGCGUUCCACAGGGUGGGUGCCACUGCCGAGAAGGCCCUCUGCCUGGUUCCCUGUAGCCUUGCUUCUCACAGUGAGGGAACCGCCAGAAGGCCCUCAUAACUGGACCUCAGUAUCCGGGCUGAGCCAUGGGGUGGGGUGGGAGUGGAGAUGCUCCUUCAGGUAUACUGGGCCGAGGCCGUUUAGGGCUUUAAAGGUCAGCACCAACACUUUGAAUUAUGCCUGGAAACAUACUGAGAGCCAAUGUGGGUUUUUCAGGACCGGAGUUAUGUGGUCUCGGUGGCCACUCCCAGCCACCAGUCUAGCUGCCGCAUUCUGGAUUAUUUGUAGUUCCCAGGUCACCUUCAAAGGUAGCCCCAUGUAGAGCGCAUUGCAGUAGUCCAAGCGGGAGAUAACCAGAGCAUGCACCACUCUGGUGAGACAGUUCGCAGGCAGGUAGGGUCUCGGCCUGCAUACCAGAUGGACCUGGUAGACAGCUGCUCUGGAUACAGAACUGACCUGCGCCUCCAUGGACAGCUGUGAGUCCAAUAUGACUCCCAGGCUGCGCACCUGGUCCUUCAGGGGCACAGUUACCCCAUUCAGGAUCAGGGAGUCCUCCACACCCGCCCGUCCCCUGUCCCCCAAGAACAGUACUUCUGUCUUGUCAGGAUUCAACCUCAAUCCAUUAGCUGCUGUCCAUUCUCCAACCGCCUCCAGGCACUCACACAGGACCUUCACCGCCUUCACUGUUCCGUUUCCCCUCCCCCUGGUGUUCCUUCCCCAGCAAACAGUGCAGCAUUCUGAACCCCCUGGGCACGAUCCGUCAUCAUGUGGCUCUGCUGCAUCCUAAGGAUUCCCCACCCCUCUCCGGAAUUCAUUUUAACCUUCUGCCAGGGGGCCCAAUUUUUCGCACGAGACCAUUUCCCCAGACCCUCCAGGUGAAACCACAGGCAUUUGACAGUCAGCUGGGGCUACUGGCUGAUGUCUGCUGAUGGGUGGGGUGGGGUCCAAUCCUGCUGGGUGCUGCUUCGCCCAUUCAUGCACCGCACAGAAUGCACUGGCUAAACAGACACACACACCCCACUGCCCCGCCAUAGGUCCGUAGAUGGGACUGCCCACCUGUAAAUCACCUGACAUCAAGACUGGCCCAUGGGGUGGGCUUAGAUAAAGGUCGGGCCCCUCCAGGGUGCAAAAUAGUCUCCCACUUCUGGUGCAUGAAAAUGGCUCAGAAAUUGAAACUGGAGCUAAAGGAAGGACCAUCUUUUGGGGGAGCGUCCACGAGGGUGCAUUUCUCCUGCCAAAUUCAGGCCAAAGGUUUUUAAGACCUGCUUCAAACACACAGCCAAAGAUUCAGGCUGAACCUUCUGCCCCGUACCUGUUUCAUUUUUGCUCUUUUGAGAUGCCAAAGGGAGAAUCAUGGUUUUUUAAUGAUGGGCAAGAGGGUUUUAUGGUUAGAGCAGGGGCGGCUGAACCUGGGGUCUCCAGGUUGAAGUUCUAGUGCAGCAGCAUUGGGGGGGGGGGGCACAGGUCUUCACCACUGUACCAGGAGAACUAUUAUA